AAAAUUCAGAUUGCCAAUCAAGAACAAUUGAAGGAUGUAUGUACAAUAGAAAUGGUGUUCCUGGAGAGUAGUUCCAGUCUUACAAAAGAUGAAUCCACCCUCGUUGAACCGAAGAAAUGGAAGAAUACAAGAGCAAUUCAGCUAAUUAGGCUGCUUCAAAGCCGUUGA